AUGGCGCUGCUGCCCCUCGCAGGCAAGCACUGCGCCGUCGUCGGAGCCACAGGCAUCAUCGGCUUCUCAAUAGCCAAAGCCUUCGCCCAGCAAGGCGCCGUCCUCUCCCUCCUCGCCCGCUCCGCCGUCGAUGCGCGUCCCCGUCUGGAGCCCCAGCUGCGUCCGUACAGCCUACCCGGGACCUCGGAUGCCAAUGAUCUCGGCGUCCCGGCGGCGCAUCGGUUCAUCAAGCUGGAUGUUGCGGAUCGGGAGAGCAUCAAGGCUGUGUUUGGCGCACGGGGGUCAUCAAAGCCUCAGACUGCCACAACUGUCGGACCCAUCGAUAUCCUCGUCAACUGUGCCGGCAUCACUCAAACGUCCCUCUUGAUACGAACAUCCGAUGAGCACCUCUCCAACAUUGUCGAUACGAACCUCCUGGCAACCAUGCUGGUGUGCAAACACGCAAAGAUGAGGCCAAACGGUAUAGCUCCUCGCGAAAUCGGCCCCCUUCUUCUACGUUUCAGUCCAUCUCAUGGCAACAAAAGGCGGCCUCGGGGCCACUGCCUACGCUGCAUCCAAAGCCGGCGUCAUUGGUAAGCUUCACCCGCGCCCUAUGCCGCGAAAUGGCGUCUCGAUCUAUCCGUGUAAAUGCUCUGCUGCCCGGCUGGGUUAAUAGCUCCAUGUGGACCGAUCUCAAGCCAGAACUAAAGCAGGCCUACCUGAAAGACACGCCGCUCAAUAGAGUGGCAGAGCCCGC